AUGGCCAAGUUGCAGGCUGCCAGCGUCUCUCGAAUACCAGUCAAUCGCAAACGGAAACGCUCUUCCAAAGGCGAAGAACAACCAACUGAUUCUGGCCUCGUUUCCUCUAUCGCAGCCACAACGAAAGUCCCCACGAAGGCUCAUGAUGGAGGUCCCAAACCUAGAAGAACGAAAGCCACGUCGAAACCCCCCCUCAGCCGAACAAGUUCGUCGUCAAGUCUGGUGGAAUCGGAAAUACCUUGGCCGGAUCAUUUCAAAUAUCUCUCCCAACUGCACCGCGCCCUGAAUAUCGUAUACACUUUUUGCUGCACUCGAAAGCAUUUCGCGACCACAUGGGACAACAUCAAGAGCGCGGUGGAAGGGCAUAUCAAGAAGCCGUUGAUCGAGGACGAUGUGGCGCAAGUCAAGGCCCUGUUGCCCCGGGCCAUCAACUUUGCGUAUGUCGACGAAGAACACCUCAUGGUCACACUCAUGGGCGAGGAAGAUGGUGUCAAGGGAGGCCGAGCCGAUCAUUUUCGGUCUUUGGAGGAGGAUGAGAGCGCUCCAAGAGACAGGUCGGAGCCAUCCAAGGAGCUUCUUCUGUUCGAGUUUGUGGAUGGCGACCUGAAAAGACAGGUAAUCGACCCCAAGACGGGACAACCCACAAAAGCCACUCAGAAGUUACGGAAGGAAGAUCUCAAAAUACCCGUCUUCAGUCAGAAUUCGAUGCUUAAACUCAUCGAAAAGCGCAAUGCCAAGUUCACAUCUGCCAUCAAUGCGUUCCUUAAUCAAUGUGCCGAAGAGCAUGCAGACCCGGUUGAAAAGAUAAACGACCUAAAACAGCAAUACAUGCCCUGCCCUUCUUCUAGUCGUCCUACAACACCUGGCCCAGAUGAACGUCUGCAGAAAGCGAUCCCAAAGGAGCGAAAGUCAAUAUCGGAGAUAGUCAAAGAGAUUAGCGAGCUCGAGUGGUAUACCGGUCAGAUCGUUCCAGAUGGACAUCGUGUAUUCGAUCCUCAGCCAGCCAUAUAUGGAGACCUAAAUUUUCAAUUAUCCCAAAACCUGGUGAAUGCGCUGUACAACAGCAGAGGUAUAACUCAACUGUACUCGCAUCAAGCCGAAGCCAUCAAUAAUCUGCAUGACGGCCAUCAUGUAAUCGUGUCUACGUCGACUAGCUCGGGCAAAUCGCUGAUCUACCAGGUACCAAUGCUACACGAACUCGAAAAAGAUCCGGAAAGUCGUGGGCUGUAUAUUUUCCCCACGAAGGCCCUCGCUCAAGAUCAGCGCAGAAGUAUGAAAGAGCUCUUGAAGUACCUUCCAGGCUUGGAGGACACGGUGGUUGAGACAUUUGACGGCGACACACCCAUGCGGGAACGCAACCAAAUUCGAGAUGAGGGCCGGAUUAUUUUUACGAAUCCGGACAUGUUACACAUUACCAUUCUACCCCAGGAGAGUGGAUGGCGAGGAUUUCUCCGAAACCUGAAAUACGUGGUCGUGGACGAGCUGCAUGUGUAUAAUGGCUUGUUUGGUGCUCACGUGGCCUUCAUCAUGCGCCGGUUACGGCGAAUAUGUGCUGCGGUGGGAAACCGCAAGGUCAAGUUCAUUUCAUGUUCUGCAACAGUGGCCAAUCCAGAAGAGCAUAUGAAGACAAUAUUCGGGGUAGAUAAAGUCAAGUUGACAGAUUUCGAUGGUUCUCCAUCCGGCAGAAAGGAGUUUAUUUGUUGGAAUACACCAUACAAAGACCCAGGCGAUCCCACGUCAGGCCGUGGUGACGCUUUUGCAGAGACAGCAAGGCUAAUCUGCCAUCUCAUUCUACGGGGGGUUCGAACGAUUGCAUUUUGUCGCGUGCGGAAGCAAUGCGAAGUCCUGCUUGCGGCUGUCAAGGCCGAAUUCACGAAUCUCGAGAGACCAGAGUGUGCUGCUCUGGUCAUGGGUUAUCGUGGGGGAUACUCAGCUCAAGAUCGUCGGCGAAUAGAGUCAGAGAUGUUUGGUGGCAAGCUCAUGGGGAUCAUUGCGACUACGGCUCUGGAGCUGGGUGUGGACAUCGGAUCCCUUGAUGCUGUUGUUACGAUGGGUUUCCCAUAUACGAUUGCUAAUCUGAGACAACAGAGUGGUCGCGCAGGUCGACGGAACAGAGACUCGCUUUCUGUUCUUGUCGGUGAUUGUUUUGCUGUGGACCAACACUACAUGCAGAAUCCCGACGAGAUCUUCACGAAGCCUAAUUGUGAACUCCAAGUGGAUCUGCAGAACGAACUUGUGGUGGAAGGGCAUAUCCAGUGCGCUGCUUUCGAAAUGCCUAUCAAGGCAGACGAAGACGAAAAGUUUCUGGGCAAGAUGUUGCCCGAGAUAUGCACAGAACGGUUGUCGUAUGAUUCAAUGGGAUUCUAUCACUGCAACGAGAGAUUCCGACCAUUGCCCUCCAGAUGUGUCCCCAUCAGAGAUACCGAAGACAAUCACUUUGCCGUGGUUGACAUUACACAUGGUCGGAAUGUGGUCCUUGAAGAAGUCGAGGCCUCGCGAGCGUUUUUCACCUUGUACGAUGGAGGAAUAUUCCUGCACCAAGGGCGGACAUAUAUGGUGAAAGAAUUCUCACCCGAGCGCAAGAUUGCCCGAGUUCAACUCGUCAAGGUGGACUGGACCACGCAGCAAAGAGAUUACACCGACGUGGAUCCAAUCGAAACCGAGCAGGUCCGUCGGGUAUCAGCCAACUCACUCACCAAAGCAUAUUUCGGCCGCAUCAAAGUGCACGCCGUGGUGUUUGGUUUUUUCAAAGUCGACCAGAAGGGUCGUAUUCUCGACGCAGUGGCCGUCGACAACCCACCAAUUAUCAUUCACUCCAAGGGCCUGUGGUUGGAUGUCCCGAAAUACGCGCUGCAAAUCCUCAAGGAUAAACGAUUGAACCUCGCGGCGGGGAUCCACGCGGCCGAGCACGCGUUGAUGUCUCUGAUGCCACAGUUUGUAGUCAGCAUGCCCGGCGACGUGCGGACAGAGUGCAAGAACGCGCUGAAGGAAUUCGCAAAGAAGGAAACUCAGCGGAAAAGACCUGCCAGACUGACCUUUUACGACGCAAAGGGCGGGCCCGCGGGUUCCGGAAUCGCGGCCAAGGCAUUUGAAUUCAUCGACAUCCUGCUCGAACGCGCCGUUGCACGGGUCGCGGCGUGUCACUGCCUCGAAGGCUGUACGGAAUGUAUCUGCGACGAGCGGUGCAAGGAGAAGAACAUGGUCAUGAGUAAAGCCGGCGCGGAAGUGAUUCUCAAGUCUUUGUUAGGUAUGGAAAUUGACGUUGAUGCCCUGCCUGAGGGAGAGGAGGAAAGGGUCCCUGCCGGGGUGGAGACGGUGGUGUUUGCCACGGAGGUGAUGGGCAGGCAUGGAAGGAGAGUGCUCGAGAAGGAAACCUUUAUCAAGAAGGAAAAGAGUGACGAGGACGCUAUUGUCAUCAAGGAUGAGCCUGAGGAUUGA